UUUUUUGUAUGCAUAAAAAGAAUUUAUGCGUAUGGAAAUCCACUCAACUCAAUUUACUAAAAAACAAGUAAAAGUAACAAAUCGAAAUAAAAUAAUAGAUUCAUCUCGUAUAUCAAAACAUUUCGGAAUAAAGGAUUUCUCUUUUUAUUUUCAAUAUGAAUUGAUAGGUUAGAUACAAAUAGAUCAUAUCUUGGAAAUUCUCUCUCCUUUCUUUUGUCAAUCGACUUUUCUUUUUUUUUAUCUUUUCUUUUGUUUUUCUUAAUGAUCAAAGGCAAAAGAUUGCUUGGAUCUCUUAUAAGGAUAACUUUUCUGUCUUGUUUUGCCACUCAUUUUUGAUCAUUACAUUAGGUUUUGAAUUUCUGAUCGGUAGAUCACAAUAUUCUUAAUAAAUCUCUCUCCAUUUUUCCUGGACUAGAACUGUGGGGUAGCCGGCCAUUUUUUUUUUCGAAAGAUUUUCUUUUUUGAUAGAAAAGACAAAGGGAGUUCUUUUGGCUUAAAAUCCGAAUAAUAUUCAUUACUUGCUUGAAAUAAUAUUCAUUACUUGCUAUUCAUUACUUGCUUAAAUUGGUUCUUUCAAGCAUUUAUCGAAAAGGGCUUCGAAUUUGAUCAAUUCAAUUGAGGUAUCUGGAAACAAGAUUUUUUCUUAUUUCUUCAUUUGAAACGGGCUCUUAUUCUAUUUCUGUAUUCUUUCGAAAUUCAAGGACUAACUACUGAAUCACAAAUAAAAAACAGGGAAUAGAUUCAUAGGUCCGAUGCCCUGUAAUAGAACUUAGGGUUAAUAGAAAUAGUAGAUCACAUAGAUUCAACAAAUGAGGUGGAUUCAUUAACAAUUCAAAGAUGAAAAAAUGGUAAAAAAGAAAGCAUUUCUUCCUCUUCUAUAUCUUACAUCUAUAGUAUUUUUGCCCUGGUGGAUCUCUCUCUCAUUUAAUAAAAGUCUUGAAUUUUGGAUUACUAAUUGGUGGAAUACUAGGCAAUCCGAAACUUUUUUGACUGAUAUUCAAGAAAAGAGUAUUCUAGAAAAAUUCAUCGAAUUGGAAGAACUCUUACUCUUGGACGAAAUGAUAAAAGAAUACCCGGAAACACAUCUACAAACACUUCGUAUAGGAAUCCACAAAGAAACGAUCCAAUUGAUCAAGAUGCACAAUGAGGAUCAUAUCCAUAUGAUUUUGCACUUAUCGACAAAUAUAACCUCUUUCAUUAUUUUAAGUGGUUAUUCUAUUCUGGGUAAUGAAGAACUUGCUAUUCUUAACUCUUGGGUUCAAGAAUUCCUAUAUAACUUAAGUGACACAAUAAAAGCUUUUUCUAUUCUUUUAUUAACUGAUUUAUGUAUCGGAUUCCAUUCGCCCCAUGGUUGGGAACUAAUGAUUGGCUAUGUCUACAAAGAUUUUGGAUUUGCUCACAACGAUCAAAUUAUAUCGGGUCUUGUUUCUACUUUUCCAGUCAUUCUGGAUACAAUUUUAAAAUAUUGGAUCUUCCGUUAUUUAAAUCGUAUAUCUCCAUCACUUGUAGUGAUUUAUCAUUCAAUGAAUGACUGAUCUAACUAGAAUAUUUGUUACUUUGUAACAUAAGGUACAUAAGCAAAGCAUUUCCAUUUUAAGACGUACUUACUCUUUCUACCCUACAGGGAUUUCUCCUACUCCUUAUAUUCCAGUAAAAUGAUUUCAAUAAAGUAAAUAGCAGAAUUGUGGAUAGGGAACUAUACAAGCGACCUACCUAAUUUUAUUGUAGAAAUUUUCGGGAUCAAUGAUUGGACCAUGCAAACUAAAAACACCUUUUCUUGGAUAAAGAAAGAGAUUAUUCGAUCUAUUUCCGUAUCGCUGAUGAUAUAUAUCAUAGCUCGGACAUCCAUUUCAAAUGCAUAUCCCAUUUUUGCACAGCAGGGUUAUGAAAAUCCACGAGAAGCGACCGGACGUAUUGUAUGUGCCAAUUGCCAUUUAGCUAAUAAGCCCGUGGAUAUUGAGGUUCCGCAAGCGGUACUUCCUGAUACUGUAUUUGAAGCAGUUGUUCGAAUUCCUUAUGAUAUGCAAGUUAAACAAGUUCUUGCUAAUGGUAAAAGGGGAGGUUUGAAUGUGGGGGCUGUUCUUAUUUUACCUGAGGGAUUUGAAUUAGCGCCUCCCGAUCGUAUUUCGCCCGAGAUGAAAGAAAAGAUAGGCAAUCUGUCUUUUCAGAGCUAUCGCCCCAAUAAAAAAAAUAUUCUUGUGAUAGGUCCUGUUUCUGGUCAGAAAUAUAGUGAAGUCACCUUUCCUAUUCUUUCCCCGGACCCCGCUACUAAUAAAGAUGUUCACUUCUUAAAAUAUCCCAUAUAUGUAGGCGGGAACAGAGGAAGGGGUCAGAUUUAUCCCGAUGGGAGCAAGAGUAACAAUACAGUUUAUAAUGCUACAGCGGCUGGUGUAGUAAGUAAAAUCAUACGAAAAGAAAAAGGGGGGUACGAAAUAACCAUAUCGGAUGCGUCAGAUGAACGUCAAGUGGUUGAUAUUAUUCCACCAGGGCCAGAACUUCUUGUUUCCGAAGGCGAAUCUAUCAAACUUGAUCAGCCAUUAACGAGUAAUCCUAAUGUGGGUGGAUUUGGUCAAGGAGAUGCGGAAAUAGUACUUCAAGAUCCAUUCCGUGUCCAAGGCCUUUUGUUCUUCUUGGCAUCUGUUAUUUUGGCACAAAUAUUUUUGGUUCUUAAGAAGAAACAGUUUGAGAAGGUUCAAUUGUCCGAAAUGAAUUUCUAGAUUCGCGGAUUUCCAAUAUCAAAUUCGUAAAAAGAAUCCAAUUUUUGUUUUGACAAUUCAAUUAUAUUAUGUAUGAUUAAAAAUUAUGAAAAGCUUUUUGCUUGUUUCUAUUCCAGAUGUCGAUAUCGGGAAUUAUUUGUACCGCAUUACUAGUCAUAGUAUGUAUAUUGUGAAAAAGAUUAUUUUACUUUAUCCCUUCUUUUUUUUAAGCCAAAUUCGAGCGGUGUCACUAGGUCACUCUUGUGAGAUUGAAAUGUCAUAGAAUGGAUCAAUCGUUUUCUAUUCUAAUAGAAUAAAUCAAAUCGAAAAUUUCACUGGAUACUAAACAUAAAAUAAGUAAGUGGAGAAUAGAAAACAAAGAAUUAUUCGCCUUCUUCUUCUUAGUCUUUUCUUUGACACAAGAAAGGAAUUUUCUGCAUUCCUUUCUUGUGUCAAAGAAAACCGGUUUUUGAUCCCGUUAGUAAAAAAUUACUAUCUUUAGUUUAUAUUUUUUCCAGGUUUAUCAGAACCCCUACUUUAUAUUUAUUACGUAUACAUAUAUAAAGUAGUGAACAAACAAAAAAUAGAGGGAAAUUUUUUGAUAAAAUAGAACUUAUUCUAAUGAACUUAGAAAAAAAUUCAACUUUGAUGAGAUACUAAAUAGAGUAGAGUAAGGAUCUAUUCGAAAAGGAUUUGCUUUGGAUAAUAUCUGAUUGAUAGAAAUAUAUAUUGUAAUUGUGUCAUUCAGGAAAAUCAAAUCGAGCGAUUCCUUCUUUCUUCGAACUUUGAAAGAUAGAUAAGAUACUAUCAGCGAAUAAGAGAUGUUCUAAAUCAAUUAAUGAAAUUUUCAAAAACAUUAUCAGAAAAAAAAUGAAAUGAAGUUUUUUUUUUUUCAAAAUCGGGAAAAGUUAUUUAUUUUUUAUUUAGACUAAGAAAAUAUUAUGAAAGCUUAA